AACAACCCGCUUCUACCGGCAGUCAUGUAACAGGUUUGUACAGUAGCUGGGGUUCAAGCUGCGUUGUGAUAAGAGGUGGGCGACUUCCCCCUCGCUGAUUUUUUUCUGGCGAUAAAAAGACGAUGACAUUGCACGAUAAGGGAUAUUUUUUUAGGAGAUCUCCUUUCCUCUCGUCCCAUUGACUUCGCUUACAGACAGAGAGAUUACGGCGGAUGUGAAUUAAAGGACUCUGGUAUCCUACAAGAUAAAAAGCUUAAGAUAAACAAGAAAAUAAGCUGGAUGAAGAUGUGGAUAGUACUUGGUAAAUUACUUGAAAUACCAUCGGGAAAAUAAACAGGAUCGUCCUGAUUUGCUGAUGGAUAUUUUCAUACCGCGGGUCCCACUUCGCCGAAUGUUAGAAGUGCGGCUAAAAGUGUGGUUUCAUAGUCAAGUGAUGAAUCCCGCGACGUAUUAAUGAACUUACAGAUAGGCUGAUCGCUUGUCUAAAUAUAUCUGUGAUAGCGGAAGAUUCACCAGCAUCAUGUCCCGGUCGUGUGUGGGGGUGAAGGUGCUGCUGCUGCUGCUGUCGCUUCUAAAUGUUGGAAGGGGACGGGAUUAUUCAGACUAUUUGGGAAACUUUGGUGACUUGCCCGAUCUGUCCCUACCGAAGGACUUGGAGGGAUUGGAAGGGUUCGCCGAUGUGGGGGGUGGCCCGAGGGGUGAUGGGGGUGAUGAAUUCAGGCCCGAGGGGGUCGUGCAGGGUCUGAUGAUGGGGGACGUCAUUCGGAGGAUUGAGAAUUUGGAGAUACUGUGUCAGGAGCAUGUGUCCCCGGGAACGCCACGAGCUACGACACAGACGUUGCCGGCAGACAAAGAGGGGGGCUUUAAGCUGAACUCCCUGCCUAACGACGUCACCCUGACGUCCUCCAACCAUUACGUGGUACCCGGCCCUGAGAUGGGUACAAACUUCGAUGGUCAGUUCACCCCCAACCCCCAGCAGAUGCAGAAGUCGAUGAAAAUGAUCCAGGAUUCUAUCCUAGUGGUGGCUUCGGAGCAGGACAAGUUGAGAGAGGAGUUCCAGCAGGUCAUGGUGGACCUACAGGCAGUGAGACAGGAGAUGUCUGAUGUCAAGGCCGGUCUGAGCCAGUCCCGGACCGAGCUGAUGACCUCCGUACGCAGGGCUGACACAGACAUCAAGGAUCAGGACUCCAGGCUGCAGAAACUCGUCCUGAACGUCUCCAGUAUCGACAGGUCACUCGAGGCCUUCCAUAGAAGUUUUCACGAGCUAUCCAGUCUGAACCGGUCAGUACUGGUUGCCAUGAAGGUGCAGAAGCAGACGCGACAGAAGCUGACGGGGUUGACGGGAGACGUGAAGACGCUGAAGAGCGACGUCGGGGACCUCCAGGAGAACUGGAACAAGACGAUGAAGGAGACGGCCCGGCGUCUGCAGCGGAGCUACACCGUAGGGAAGGAUGUCAACAAACUCCAAAAACAGUUCCACUCUUUGAAGACAAGAUUUACAAGACUCCAAGGGAAAAGAUGUGAAUCCGGGCGAUGGCUGUUCAUGAACUACCCAUUCUCCUACGGAAAAUGGCCUCAGACACACGUCGUCAAGUUCGCAGAGCCGUUUUCCCGACGUCCUGAAAUUUCUUACGGCAUGGCGCAACUUGACGUCAACUACCGCUUCAACACCAGGGCCAGGGUGCGGGUCAUGGGUCUCAACUCCAAGGGCUUCACCCUGGCGUGUGAUGGCUGGUACAACACGAGGCUAUACAGGGUUGAGGUGUCCUGGAUGGCCUGUGCUGCGUAGACUAGAGAACGUCGUGAUGGACUAAUGACGACCUUGAACGACGUUCAGCGUCCUUGACAUACAGUGAACAAAACAAUAUGUGACUGGUGUGUGGAAGUGUAGCUGAAACUUAUUGACGCCGGACAAUGUCCAAUUACCUUGGGUUUGCGUGCUUCUCAGACUUCAUAUUUUAGUUCAACUUGUUUUAAAGUAUUCAUCUGUAUGCAGUACAUUUAACUGAUGAACCGGUGAUUGCACUAUAUUUUAUUGCGAUCAUUACUCAAGGACAUGCAAGUGUUGGCUUUGCAGUUCAGAAUCGCAAACCUGUUGGAAGAUAUAUAGUAGGAAUUAAUUGUGCUACCUAGUUUUACUUUAUGUUUAUGAUAAUCAUAAUUGCUGCUGUUAUUACACCAUAUAUACAGUGACAUAGAUAGGUUAAUUAUUUCGUUUUUCUCCCGUAUACAUUUCUCACAGUGCGAACUCAGCAGUAGUUGAAGCGCUCGGAAAAUCACCAUACCUUAAAACAUAGUAAACACCAUAUUGUCAAACACUCAUUCAAUAUUUCUUUCUUAUACACAGUUAAAUAUCUCCAGUUUGUGGUAUGUUAGAAAUGAAAAUGUUUAAUUACGUGAUAAAUAUUACUGUUCAAA